UGCAGCUGUGGCGACGAGCUCGCGCUGUGAGAGCAGAGAGGACCGGUGCGCGCUCACACUCACACACACUCACACACUCCCCAAACAAAGAAGCACGCGAGGCAGAGCAUCUCACCCUCCGAGCGAGUUCCGAACCCCGCACUGUCCAGACGCAACCGACCCGGUCCAGGCCCGAACGUCAUCAUGUCUUCUAACGGCGCUAGUAACGGAACCAGCGACAUGCUCCAGAUCCAGUUCGGUCUGAUUAACUGCGGUAAUAAAUAUUUAACUGCUGAAACGUUCGGCUUCAAAAUCAAUGCCUCGGCCACGAGCCUGAAGAAGAAGCAGAUCUGGACGCUGGAACAAUCCGGAGACGAAGCGAACGGGAAUGUGUUCUGUCUGAAGUCUCACCUGGGCCGGUACAUCGCAGCCGACAAAGAUGGCAAUGUGACCGGGGACAGCGAGACUCCUGGGACAGAAUGCCGGUUUAUCAUCACCGCUCAUGAUGACGGCCGGUGGUCGCUGCAAUCUGAGCAGCACGGGCGCUACCUGGGCGGUACCGAGGACCGGAUCAUCUGUUUUGCCCAAACCGCAUCAGUGGCCGAGAAAUGGAGCGUGCACAUCGCCAUGCACCCGCAAGUCAACAUCUUCAGCAUCACGCGCAAACGUUACGCGCACCUGAGCUCGAAGGUGGAUGAGAUUGCUAUUGACCGCGACGUCCCGUGGGGAGUUGAUUCGCUGAUCACUCUCGUGUUCCGGGACCAGAGGUAUCACCUUCAGACCUCUGACAACCGGUUCCUGAAGAACGACGGCAGCCUGGCCGUUAAAUCGGACAAGACCACGGGCUACACACUGGAGUUCCGCUCAGGGAAGGUGGUUUUCAGAGACUGCAAUGGCAAAUACCUCGCGCCCUCUGGUCCGUCCGGUACCAUGAAGUCUGGCAAGAGCACGCGCGUUGGGAAGGACGAGCUGUUCGUGCUCGAGCAGAGCCACCCGCAGGUUGUCCUCACCGCUGGAAACGAGAGGAACGUCUCCACCCGGCAAGGUAUGGACCUGUCAGCCAAUCAGGAUGAGGAAGGGGACCAGGAAGUGUUCCAGGUGGAGAUGUGUCGUGAAAACGGAAAGUGUGCUUUCCGAACGGCUGCUGGGAAAUACUGGACUCUGAUGGCUAAUGGAGGCCUGCAGUGUACUGCAUCCACCAAGUCCACUAACUGCUUCUUUGACAUCGAGUGGCGUGGAAAGAAGCUGACUCUUUGCGCUGCUAACGGGAGGUAUGUUGCAGCCAAGAAGAACGGUCAGCUAGCCGCUACCAUCGACUCUGCAGGUGAGUCAGAGGAGUUCCUGAUGAAGUUGAUCAACCGUCCAAUCAUAGUGCUUCGUGGAGAGCAUGGCUUCAUUGGUUGUAGGAAGGUUACAGGAACGUUGGACUCUAACCGUUCCACCUACGACUACUUCACUCUGGAGUACAGAGAUGGAGCCUACAGUCUGCAGGACUCCACUGGGAAGUACUGGAUGGUUGGAAACGAGUCCUCAGUAGUGAGCAGCAGUGACACGCCUGUUGACUUCCUGUUUGAGUUUUGUGACUACAACAAGCUGGCCAUCCGCUCUGCGGAGGGGAAGUAUCUCCGUGGCGACCACGCCGGCGUCCUCAAGGCCAACGCUGACGACCUGGAGACCGCCACUCUCUGGGAGUACUGAGCAAGCUGUGACCACGACAACGCAUGCUUCAGCACAACACUACCACCCCCCUGCCCCCCAUCCCCCUUUCCACCUUUACCCUUGUGAGGUCUGGUGAACUGCAGAGGACCGGGAGAGGGGAGGGGACGAGGAGGGAGGCGGAUGGUGCUGGUUGGCAUCUCCAGCUCAUUCCAUUCUCUCUCUCCCUCGCUCCUCCUCUCCUCCUCUCCCUGUUCCCUCUCUCUUUUGAGUCAGUUAUGGGUUGCCAUAGUUACAUUGGGGCAGUACACUUUCCCUGUUCCAAUCCAACGGCUGCUCGACGUGUCACUCACCCUCCCAGACGUUUGAUUGGGCUCUACUCACUCAUCUGCCCGAAGCCCUCCCUUUCCUGAGCCUUGUUUGGAGAGACCCACUCCCCUCCUCCUCCUCCCUUCCUCCCCCCCCCCCCCCCAGACUCACUGCUCUCCCUCCUAAUCCUGUUAUUUUAGCGUUCUGUCUUCCCAUCUCUGUCUGUCUCUUCCUGAUUCUGGCUUGAGCAGCACAUGGUGGCAGUAUCAAUGGUGUCUUUUACCUGGUGACCCCCUUCUAUCUGGAUUAAGUGUUUCUGUACAACCUAGUCCAGUACGACUGUUUCUAUCUGGUCUGGACUGGUGGGAGUGGUUCUAUCUGGACUGGUUUGGUCUGGUUGUGUAGGAGCAGAUUCGACUGGUCUGGUCUGGUGUGUCUGUAUGUGGAGAGCCUCUGUCCUCUCUAUUUGAUAACUGGAGUUAUUGAUGAUGAUAUCACCCAACAGGUUCAACCCCACAAUGUAAACUAGUCUAAUGUAAGCAGUCAUGUGUCCUUCUCUUGUUGUGUUCCCAUUGGUGGAGAGUGAUAUUCCAGACAGACAGGAAGUCUCCCUGUAACUGUCUCCCUCUGGUCUCCUAGCCGUGCUCCGAGCACCGGCCGUGUGGCAUGCUGGGAUGUAUGAUGGGGACUGCUCUCGACCCUUACUGGAAGAACCACACACACUAUUUUGAUGUUCUCUUAAGGCAUAGCCACUAUCAUCAGCAGGUUUGGGUCAGACCGACUCAUGAUGGCUAUCAACUGGUGUGAUACUGCAAACUGACUCUUCAAACUGCCUUUCAUCCGGGAUCCAAACUCCUCGUCCUGUCAUUCACACUCUGGUGCUGCACCCACAGAAAGCAGAGCACAGCCGACAUCUCACCGGUCAAGUCAGCAGGCCGGUCAGUCAGCCAGGCCGGUCAGUCAGCCAGGCCGGUCAGAGGGUGUGAACCACACGGCCCCAGCCCUGGACACCUCUGUAACCAGACUGGUGUCAGCCUCUGGUCAGACAGACGAGUGGACAGCUAGAAAUGAGAAGCUGUGGUGAGCUUGUAGACGAACGUGUUCUCGUGGUUUCAGAAGCGCUGGGGGUAGAGGGGGACUUGAGGUAGACAGCUGAUGACAUGCAUUGAUAAGCACACUUCAGGUUUGCAUGGCAGAACGCAGACCGUCUGGCUUUUCGGUUCCUGGAACACGGUGAUUGGUCGAGGCUGGUGUGGAAGGAAGAUGUGGUAAUGACUGUGCCUUACUCUGAGUUAAUGGGCAGUAAAGAAAAACAAAUAGAAAGAAAAAUAAACUGAUUCACAUCUUUGCUUUGUAUAACUGGAACUUCCUUUUGUAAUAUUAUUUUGUAUAAUUAAUUUUUUGAUAUUGUGGUUAAUCUUCCUCUUGUGCCAUUGGUUCACCGGAAUUCCAACGACCAAUAAAACUGGGAUUUGGAACACUA